AUGUGGAAAACCAUCGUCUCAGUCGGCCAGCAAGCCACCCGAGCUACUCGGAGCCAUGUCUCAACAAUAACUGCUCAAUCCCUCGCCGCUCCAACCGCAACACGAACGCCCUUUAGCACAACACCACGAUCCCAGGUCGAAAAGGGCCAGACCUCGCUCGACCGUGAAACCUUGAAUCCAGAGCGCUCAGAGACUGCCAAAUCUGGUACCGAUGCCGAAGUUGCUAAGCACCCUGCUGCAUUCGACCCAAAGAACACAGCACCAGAGAGCGAACUUGCAGCCACCGAAGAGGAAAGUAGACAAGAAGGCAAGAAGGAAAGCCCUCUGAACAUGAGCCCUGCCAAUACGGGCGCUAGCGCUUGGAGACGCCCAGCUGAGGACGGGCCUGAUCGGAACCAGGAUCGCGCAGCUUCCAGCUCUCGUGGGGCAACACAGAAGGGUCGCAGUAUUCAUGUGAAGGAGGAUGGGACUCAUGUUUCGUACCGGGAUUGA